GUGCCCUUCAGAUAACUCUAGAUAGACUGCCCUUGUACAUCCGUCCGAUGUCUCCACCCCUCAAAUUCUGACCGAUCGAUCCCUGCAGUGUUAAACGAAAGCAAAUUAUUGCAUCGGAAGCCUACAGUUGCACAAGAUUUGUGUUCCAGUCAAAAAAGUGCAUUCAAAUUUCAGAUGGAAUCUCUAAAGCAGUCUCCUGUGGCCCUGAAUAUGCAAUGUGCGCCAUCUGCAAGAGCCCUUUUCAAAGGGGCUAAUGGCCCAAUUUCCCAGCUAUCCAUAAAAUGUGCCUUUUUUGGGACAAGGCUCGUGAAGACCCACAAACCCCUUUCCACCAAAGUUUCUCAAGUGGUUCGCAGAAACAGAACUCGUAUUGUGAUGUCAGACAGUGUUGCAGGGUCAUAUGCCACUGCCCUUGCAGAUCUGGGAAAGUCUGUGAAUUCCCUAGAUGCUAUAAAUAGUGACUUGGAAAAGCUCUCACAGUUCCUGGUCAACAAGGAUAUAUUUGCCUUCCUUGUGAAUCCGAUUAUAUUACCGGAGAAGAAGAAGGAAAUUCUCAAAAGCAUUGCAGUUGAUGCCAAGUUUGAGCCCUAUACAUUAAAUUUUCUCUUCAUCCUUAUUGACAAGAAAAGGAUAAAACUGAUUAAUGAGAUUAUUAAAGAGUUUGAGAUAACCUACAAUAAACUGACAGACACAGAGUUGGCAAUUGUGACUUCUGCAGUCAAACUUGAGAAUCGCCAUCUGCAUGCGAUUGCUAAGAAGGUCCAGAGCUUCACUAAUGCAAAGAAUGUUAGACUAAAGACCGUUAUUGAUCCCUCUCUAAUUGCAGGCUUCACUAUUCGGUUUGGAAGUUCUGGCUCCAACAUGAUAGAUAUGUCUGUGAAAACUGAAUUAGAGAAGUUGGCAGGUCAGAUUGGUUAUAACGAGAGUAUUCAACUUGUAUGAAUAUGACAUGUCUGUGAGUUCUUCACACAUUCAAUGCAAUAUUUUUUUGUUAAUCUAAGUAUUAUUUUUUCGCUA